UCGAUAUGCAGUCACUUCUAGAGUACAGGUAGCAAACAAGGGCUUUGUUCGGUUGAUCAGCAGGGGCUAAACCGCUUUGAGAAAGGAUUUGACACUCCCGUGUCGGAAACUCCACAUGCGGGUGGGGAGAGAGACAAAAGGCGACAGAAGCUUAAUGUGGAGAGGGAACGCCUGGAACCCCCUUCGUAUCUGCCCGCUGUCCCGCUCAAGAUCCAAACCAGUGUCCGAAACUCUGUCUGAGCAAAUACAGCUUCGUAGAAGAGGAUGGUUUCAUAGUAUAAUGUAUGCUCAUAGGGACGAUGGGACAUGUCUACUGCUUGGAAAGGGUCGAAAAGGCAUCAAAUCACUCCACAAUUAUUUAAUCUUACUCUACGGAGUAGGUACCUACCAAGCCUUCUGGCUAGCAGAAGUACCUCUCUGGUUGUGCUUGGGCCUUUUUGAGCUGCUUUGGCGGGUGGUAGGACAUGUCCUGUUCCUUUCGCCUGCAAACCCUGUGAGAGGUCCACCCGGUCUAGAAUCGAUUUGGGUCAGAGAGAACGCUACUACUUUACCGUCUUCCCACACGCACACACAAACCUGCACCCCCCCUCCCCCCCAUUACUUGGCCCCUCCUUGUUGCCCUGCUCUCGUCGCAAACACCCGAGCUACAGGAUUCGUUUCUUUCUUUCCCUUUCCCUCACUUCCUCUUCCUUUUUUUUUCUUUCACUCGUCUCUUUCAUCUAUCACCUCAUCACGCCUUUUUCAUCUUCACCUCCUACCUUCGACCUCUCACGGAUUGGAGCAGGUGCAACUUUCGUAGUUGUCACAUUUUUCCGUCACUUUCGCCUUUUUCCAUCCCUGCUCAUCUGAAGCUUUUGCGUGGAGUUUAUCUACGACAAUCGAUACCCAUCUUGAGAAAC